AUGGAUCCCAUCUCCUUCAACGAGACAUUCGUCAAGGAUAUAUUUGAUGAAAUCGAUGGCAUUAACGGUAAACGUAAAGGUUUUGUUCUUGAUCGUGAAUUUGCAACUGCAACUAAUGAUGGUACAACACAAGAUAAAUGCAAUUACUCAGCUAGGGAUGAGGAUGGGUGCAUUCGUCAAAAUGAAACAAUACCUGAGCGUAGUGACUCGAUUACGGACGGAGUUUCUGCAGAGUUUGACGAUGAUGAUGUUUUGUCCUUGAGUAAUGAAACUGAAGAUUAUCGAUAUCAAGACAUGGGGGAAACAUUUGAUGGGUCGAAAUAUUGGUUUCCUAGUGUAGACGUAAAAUAUAAACCUAAGGUUGGUGAUUCUUUUAAGUCUGUAGAAUCAACUGAGAAAAUGUUUCGGAAAUAUGCCAAAGAAGCUGGGUUUGAUGUACGUUUAUCUAACAAGAAGAUAAAUAAGCUUGGUCGUAUCACGUCCCGAUUUUAUGUGUGUAGUAAGGAAGGGAGGCCACAAAGUAAGUAUUUUGAUUCCUUAGAUGUUCUUCCAGGUGGUCGUACAAUCCGAAAUUCAAAUAUCAAGUGUUCCGGUUGUGGAGCAUGUUUAAAAAUUCACCUUGUUAAAGAACCGAACCAAUAUGAAGUUUACAAGUUUGUUGAGCAGCACAAUCACAUCCUUUUUAAUAAAGAGGAGAUGAGAUUUUCCCGUUCUAAAAGGCAACUCCACUAUGCUGAUCAUAAGAAUGUAUUUCAUGGUUCUAGUUCCAAGGUUGGCGUCACCAAAUCUCAUAGAUUCAUGAAAGCCGUUAAGGGUGGUGUAGAUUCAUCGAGUGGAAGAAAGUUUGUCCUGAGUUUUUUCGAGUACAAGUGUGAUGACAAGGAGUUGUUAGCAAUUUUUUGGGCUGAUGAGACUGCACGAUCAAAUUUUAGGGAAUUUGGUGAUGCAAUCUCAUUUGAUGCAACGUUUAGGACCAACAAGCAUGCUAUGAUAUUUGUUCCGUUCGUUGCAAUUGACAAUCAUAAGAAAUCCGUUGUUGUUGGAGCUGCAUUGAUUCAUAAUGAAUCCCUAGUUGAUUACACAUGGGUAUUAAAAGCGUUUGUAAAAGCACAUGGACGUCAACCACGUUUCGUUAUCACCGACCAAUGUGAGUCGAUGAAACAAGCAAUUCCCAUUGCAUUUCCUGAAUCCAGGCAUCGAUUGUGUAUGUGGCAUAUCAGUAAAAAGGUGAACUCGAAGAUUAGUAAUUACCUCCAACACCGUACGCAGUUCGUUAGCGAAUUUAAUAAGUUGGUGUGGAACGUUCACCUUGGUCCUAAUGAAUUUGAGAUGCAAUGGAACAAUCUGAUUGAAUUUUAUGGAUUAUGUGGAGAUCCAUGGUUUGAUGAAUUGUACGAUAUUAGGGAGUCGUGGAUUCCGGCUUAYUAUAAGGAUUAUCAUAUGUCAGGCCUAAUGAAAACAACAUCCAGGUCGGAGAGCAUCAAUGCGUUUUUUAACGUUUAUGCACAUUUUUGGCAUGAUCUUGUUGUUUUCCUCCGUUCUUUUGAUAAUGCAAUUGAAAGUCAACGGGCAACACAUGGCUAA